AAACCUCCAAGCGCGAGCCCGCUCGCUCGCACUGACUGGUGACGUAAAAGCGACAAUGCCUGCUGUCAAAAUAAGGCGGAAUUGUAUUGAAUUUUACAGUAUUUUGGAGAAUUUUUUUACCUAUUCAGUUCUAGUAAAUAUACACAAUUACUAUAUAUUUUUCCACCGAAGAAAUUGUGGCAGGCAUGGACAAUAAUUUAGAACACAAAUUAAAGCCAACUAAGCAGGAAUCCUACGCACUAAAUAAACAAGGGACCAAUAACCAAAACGGCAACGAGGAUGUAGAACUCAGAAAUUUCGAUACAAUAGACGUGGAAGUAAAAGACUCAUUCACAACGUACAACGUCGAUAAGCUUUGCUUGUCACGCGGCAUUACAGUCAAAAAACUCCAAAAUGAGAACAAGAAAUUGAAAAACGAUUUGGAGAAAGCUGGUCUCGAUCUGGAAUCGUCUAGAAGAAAGUUCGAAGCUGUAACAGGCGAGUUAAAGAAACAACUAGAUGUGGCCCAGAAACGGGAAUCUGAAGGGAUAGCAACGACGCUCGACUUGCGUUUGGAAAAUGAGAAAUUGCAUGUUUUAUUGGAAUCCAAGCAAAGUUUGGUAGACAAACUUAAGAAGGAGUUGUUGAAUGCGAAACGAGCGCUGAAGGUGGCGAUUAAAGACAUGUGCACUGUGUCCGGGGCGUCACGUGGCUUCGAUGGUGGUCUCGAGGACCGGCAUUCACCGAUCGCCCGGAGCUCGUGUCCCAGAAACUCCAAAGUCAAGGUCAAGGUCAGAUUCGCGGACAAUAACUCGGACUCUCUGAAGAACAGGCAAACUUAAGUUUUUUUCGUUGUUCGAAUAUAAUUAUAAAACUUGGUACCUACAGUGAAGUGUGAGGUCACUGAUAGGGUCACCAUCAGCGAAUAGGGACCGUGCGCGUUGGAGGGCCUGCCACGUUAUCGUCUGUACGGUCAGCCAAGAAAGUGGUUUACCACUUUUCGACUCUAUCAUCUGAUUGAUAGAGUCGAAAAGUGGUAAACCACUUUCUUGGCUGACUGUACAUAGAAAACUUACACUUGGCAUUGACACAUAAAUCAUAAAUUAUUUAUUUGCGUGAAUAGGAUCAGAUUACAGACCCACAUCCACUUCACAUCAACCCUUUAAACGCCACGCCUAUCGUUCGCAGCGCGUCAUUGUGAAACUUGUACAUAUCUAGAAUGCACUAAGGUUGAUAGUAGGAUGAAGACGCGCGCGUCAGUUGACGUCCUUGUUGGUGAAAAGGUUUCACCAGAUGGUUGAUCCUACAGUUCUCGCACGCUCCUUUACGCGUUAACCUUUUCAACGCCGCGCGUAUUGUGCGCGCUGCGUCAUCGUGAACCUUGUCAUCUAGAAUGCAC